AUGCCACCAAAGGGGGUAACACUCGAUGGAAGUGGAAUUUUUGAGGCCGGGCAUUGCUCCAUUGCGAAUACAUGUACGAUAGCGUCGAGCAUGGACACGGACAUCACCAAGAGCUUUGGGGCGCUGAAGUUGUCGUCCUCGGGUCCCUCUGCGUCUCGAGGCAAUCUGCUGGAGCCUUUUUGUUUCAAUGACUUUUUCAAAAAAGGAAGCGCCGGAAGAGCUGUUUUUACGGAGUACAUUGUCCCCUUCCUUACCCUGGACGAUCUUGUGAGCGGUUCGUCCACUUGCAGGCAGAUGAACGCCAUGUGCCGUACAUACAUAGUUGGAGAGAUCUUGGAAUUUCAUUCCAUGGAUCAUGUAUCCAGAAACCACAAAAUGGAGCUUGGAAAGCUCAUCAUGAUUUUUGUGAGUCCAAAGUACAAUGUGAGAGGAGAAAUACAUCGCCGUUUCGUCCGGAAACAUGGUGGCGAAAGGUUUUGGGCUAGACUCUACCAUCCUUCUUUGAUGCCCGAUAUAGUCUUGGCGAUGACGGCGUACUUCAACAGACAUGGAAUUCGUUUUGAUGCAGGGAUGGAUGAUUACGACUGGGACGCCAACCGCAACUUGAGCACACCAUUGCUGAUAGCUGCGACUUUUGGAGACCGCCAAAACGGUGUCACGGAUGUCACCACGAUCCUACGAUACCUGCUGAUGAAGCAAGACAACAAGCGGCUGAUCUUGGAGAAACCUCCAGGCGGACCUCGAUAUUGGCACAUCCAUUUGUUUGGAGAUCCAUGCCCUCGUGUGACUAAGACACUUUGGCUUAAGAUUCGCUGGGAAGGCGGAAGAGUGAGCACCCUAACGUAUCACGAAGAUCAAUUUGUCGAUACGGAACUUCGAGCCGGACCUCUUGGGGUCGAAGAAUCAGAAUUAGAUGACGAAUAG